UCUUUAGACGCGCUUUGCAUUCUCUUGUUCGAUCAUUUCUUUCAUAAAACCCACCUUCAUCGAUUCUAUAUAAAGAGGCCGUUAUUGCAUGAGGGUUUUAGAAGUGGAAGUUUUAUCAUUACUCAAGAUGGCUAAAUACAAACUUCCUACACUUCUUUUCUUUGUUUUGUUGGGUGUGGGUGUGUGCUUUGCAAGUAGAGUGCUCCUCACACUCGAAGGAGUCCAAGGAUAUGGCGGUAGUGGUGGUGUUGGGGGAGGUUAUGGAAGUGUUGGUGGUGGUGGUGGUGUUGGUACUGGAGGGUAUGGUGGUGGAGGCGGAUCAGGAGGAGGCUCAGGCGGUGGUUAUGGUGGUGGAGGAGGCUCGGCCGGUGGUGUUGGUGGAUAUGGUGGUGGAGUAGGCUCGGGAGGUGGUAGUGGAUAUGCAGCCGGAGGAGAACAUGGUGUUGUUGGUGGUGGAUAUGGUGGUGGAGUAGGGUCGGGAGGUGGUAGUGGAUAUGCAACCGGAGGAGAGCAUGGUGGUGUUGUUGGUGGAUAUGGUGGUGGAGUAGGGUCAGGAGGUGGUGGUGGAUACGGAGCUGGAGGAGAGCAUGGUGGUGGUUAUGGAGGUGGAGUAGGUUCGGGAAGUGGUGGUGGAUAUGGAGGCGCGGGAGGGGAGCAUGGUGGUGGGUAUGGUGGUGGAGUAGGUUCAGGAGGUGGUGGUGGAUAUGGAGGCGCCGGAGGGGAGCAUGGUGGUGGUGUUGGGUAUGGAAGUGGUAAUGGUGGUGGUGGUGGAUAUGGAGGUGGUGGAGUACAUGAUGGUGGUUAUGGAGGUGGACAUGGGAAUGGGGGUGGUAGUGGAGGAGGAGGAGGAGGGGGUAUUGUUGGUGGUGGUGGUGAGCAUGGUGGUGGGUAUGGAAGUGGAGGUGGCAGUGGUGAAGGAGGUGGAGUUGGAUAUGGUGGACAAGGUGGUAGUAUAGGAAGUGGUGGUGGUGGUGGUGGGACUGGUUAUGGUUCGGGUGGUGCUCAAGGUGGUGGAUAUGGAGGAGGAGGAGCAGGAGGGGGUAGUGGAGCCGGAGGUGGUUAUGUUUCGGGUGGAGCUCAAGGUGGUGGAUAUGGAGGAGGAGGAUCGGGUGGGGGUAGUGGAACCGGAGGUGGUUAUGGUUUGGGUGGUGAACAUGGUAAUUACUAUGGUGUUGGGGGAGGAAAUGGUGGAGGUAGUGGGGGAGGUUAUGGUGGUGUGGCUGGAGGAGGGUAUGGUGGUGGUGGUGGUUCUGGCAGCGGUUAUGGUGGCGGCGGUGGUGGUGGCGGUGAUCAUGGAGUUGGAUAUGGAGGAGGGACCGGUGGUGGUGAAGGUGGAGGACAUGGUGGCUAUGUUCCUUGAAAUGGUGAACCCUAAUCUUGGUGCUAGCUCAUAUAUAAUAUAUAUUUAUUAUGAUGACUAAUUAAUUAUUAAGAUAUAUAGCGCCAAUUGUUUAAUAUAAAUAAGAUUAAUUAAAUUGUUGUAUGGUGCGAUUAUAAUUAAUGAUAGCCAAUUGAGGAAGGAUUGGUGAAUUAAUGCAAGUGUUUGAGUUUCUC